AUGACAGGACACAGGAAAAGCCUCUCGGUGAGCGAGCAACCGAACGAUGUCGGCCACACUGCUGACAAGUGGUUACCGCGUGACAGGACUGAUUUCUUCCGCUCCCUACUCGCCCUCUGCUCAACUCACUCUCCCCUACACAAACACCAUGUCAACCCUACGCCACGGCGCGGUGCCUUGACAACCAUUUGACAGACCUCCGACACACACACGGUGUCUCAACUUCCAUCUGUGCUCCUUAUUUGGGGAAUGUCGUCGUCGUCGUCAUGGCUUCAGAUUGAGUCAACAAUGCCCCAAGAGGAGUGGUUGAAAUAA